AUGAUGAUCGAGACAGAUUCUCCUUAUUGUGAAAUAAAAAACACUCAUGCUGGAAAGAAUUUUAUAAAAUCCACCUGGCCUUCUAAGAAAAAAGAGAAAUAUGAUCAAGAUUGCCUAGUCAAAGGUCGAAAUGAACCUUGUUUAAUCCGGCAAGUUCUUGAAGUUGUUGGUGGUUGUAAAGGAGUUGCUGACAUUAACCAACUGAGCACAACCCUUUACCAUAAUACAUGCAGGGUUUUCUUUCCUCAUGAUUUGGAUUCUGCAGCAGAUGCUCUUCUUUCUGGUGGUCAAGAUUCCAAAUAAAAUGAUUUAUUUGUUUCUUUUUUUUUUUGCUGAAAAUUUUGCCAUAAGACAUUAUUUUAUAUUUACUUAUAUUUAUACAUAACCCAAAAAUGUAUUAUGUGCAAUUUUAAUUAGUGUAUGUGAGGUUUACAAAGAGUUCCUUAAUUGAGGUGAUUAAAAAAUUCAACUUGCUGUAACAUUGGCGAAUCUUGAUGAAAAUUGGG